AUGAAAGGGAUCUACCUUUCUUCUAUCAUAAUCUUCGAACUCGGCAGUUUAAUACGCGGCGUGGCCAGCCGGAGCUCAAUAUUCAUCAUUGGCCGUGCCAUUGCCGGCGUCGGUUCCGCCGGCAUCUUCAUAGGCUCACUUGUUAUCCUAUCCCAAUCGGUACGACUUGAACGCCGGCCGUUCUUCACUGGACUUAUUGGAAGCAUGUACGGCAUUGCAUCUGUUGUUGUGUGCUACGGUCCCGCCACGCGUCUUCUUUCAGCGGACUGUCUGGUCCUCUUCUCUCUUUGGCUAUGCCUCGGCGGAGCGGCUCUGAGUUCCAUCUACUUCCUACCGAUCUGGUUCCAGGCUGUCAAGGCUGCUAGCCCUGUCGUCUCUGGCUUCGUGAUGCUCCCCAUACUCAUUAGCUUCGCUCUAGUGUCCCUCCUCUCUGGUAUUUUGGUCACAGUCGCCGGCUACUACACACCAUUCAUGUUGGCUGGCACUGUAUUCUGCAGCUUUGCCUACGGCCUGAUGAGCACGGCUGACCCGGACACCUCCAUGCUUACUUGGGUCGGCUACCAGAUUCUCGCUGGUGCUGGCGCCGGCUUUGGGAUGAACCAGUGUCUCAUUGCUGUUCAGGUUGUCCUCGACACAGAAGAUGUACCUACCGGCACGGCUCUCGUCUUCUUCCGCAUACUCGGUAGUGCCAUAUGUGUCUCCAUCAGCGACUGUGUCUUGACUCUUUACCAACAAGCUCAGGCAGCUCCUUUUAAUGAAUGUCCCUAG